AUGUCUGGAUCCCCUCCAGCAAAACCCUCGGAGCCGUCCGCAGAGAAGCCUCGGGGAUAUCCUUCCUCUCCUGUAGUUACAGCUGAGCGGUCUGUUGCGCCUGCAUUGGAGCUAUCGCAAGUACCGGUUAAUGAGCCACUGCCACGAUUGGGAUAUAACGAACAGGGACCGGUAUAUGCUGGAUCUCCACUACCAGGGGCAGGAGCACCGCCAUGUCCACUCCCAGCACUGGACACAACGCAUCCCACAGGUCGCUCACUGGCACAGAAAUCAACCCGACGUACAAAAGCUCAUGUGGCAUCAGCUUGUGUCAAUUGCAAGAAAAAGCACCUUGGAUGUGACCCAGCUCGUCCAUGUCGACGAUGUGUGCUUGCUGGAAAAGCCGUAAGUGUUAAGAAAAUCCCCAACCGUGGAAUCGCAACUAACGAACAGAGGAAAAAGUCAACAUGCGUGGACGUCACGCACAAAAAAAGAGGACGACCCCCAUUGAAAGCAGAGGAUUCGACUCUUAGGUCCUAUACCACACAUUUGGAGAACCCGACUAUUCCUGCGGAGGCCCAACCAACCAUGCCCCCGCGGCGGACUAUUAUGCAUCGGGCCACGUCUUCACGAGAACUACGGCCCAUGACGGAUCUACAGGGAUUGGGAGAUGUAAGUUCAGGAGUACGCACACCACAUCGGUGGUCGGCUUCUGUAUUUCCCCUGACCCGGCCUAUGGACCCCUCUCCCACGGUCCCGGGAGGUAUGAUUCGACGCCCAUUCUCUUCAUCUGGACCGCCAUCGCAUGCAGUACCGACACAUUCACAUGUACCUUUACCAUACAUGUCAAUGGCAGGGUUUAACCCGGCCUUAAAGGUCAACACCAUGCCUGGUGGCAUAGAGCGGCGAUUCCCAACAUAUGGCGUCCCAGCUUUACCACCACCAACAUCACCUCCUCAACAUCAGCCACCACCAGCCGGCAUACCCUUUCUACCGUAUACUGAGACACCCGGGAAUCCUAUCCGCUCAACAAAUGAUCCACGAGUAUCGCUAUCACCUCGGGACCCAUACAUCAUCGAAUCCCCAGUCCGGCUCCCCCCAAUCCACCAGGCCACAGCCGGGCCACCCCCUCCCCACCAUGUCCAUCGCCUGAGCGAUCCAUACCCAAUGAAUUGGACUCUCCCAGGCCGAGAAGAACCCCUCCACGACCCUCACGCUCUACCUCUCCACAGAUCCGCAGGCCCAGCCUUCAACUACUCCCUCCCUCACCAACGCUCCUCCUCCAUAACAAGCGCAACCAUGGACCCUACACCCCGCCACCUUGGGCCAGUGGAACUGCCAUCCCCGAUCCAGAGGGCAUCUGCCAACUCGCCUUCCAUGACGAGGGCUGAUCCACCCAGCACUGAAGCCGAAGGUCACGAUAGCAGACCGAUCAAACGGCGCAAGAUGGCUUUGGAUGACAUGGUCAAUGGCUGA